GAGGAUCACUGAGCUCCGCAAGCAUGUGAGGAUCAACAGCGACAGAAUGAGACAGAGAGAUAGAGAGGGGGAAAGUCGGAGUCGGAGGAGAGCGCUGCUGAGGACUAAAGGACUACCAGACGCGAGGGAGACACGCCAACGAAGGGGAGAAGCAUGCGGACCAAAGAGGAGAUUAAGAAAGGAACAAACCAGCAGUGCCCGGAGGACUCAUCAAACAUAUCAUCCGCGGACCAUCGGCCACAGACUGAAAUAAGCUUUCGCGUCAAAUGGGAAGUAGCUAAACUAGUAAGGAGCUCUUUGAUGGAAGAACGCUGACUCAUCAUAGCCUUAUCGGAUAUCAAAUUCCUGUCUCCAGUUUCCACGUACAAACUCAAUCACACAAUCUGUUUGGAUAAACCAGAGCAACACCGUAACUCUCAGUUGGAUGUAAUCCUGCUCACGCUGGCUGAUGUCAUCGCCUGCCUCCACCCCUUUCAGCUCCUCUGCGGGCUGAGCCAACCUGCAGGGGAGCAUGGGCAGGAGGGUGGCUGACCCAACCAAUCCAGUGCCUGCUCUGGGAGUUCCCCUGGCAGGGGGACGAUGGGGCCCGCUGUGCAGCGUUGGGGUUCAGACAUCUCCAAGACUGCGGACUCUCCCCUCCAUCAAGCGACGCGGCAGCCAGCCAACCAGUGCACAUCAGCCACUUGCCAUGGCAACAGACAAAACAACAACAGCAGAGAUCGGGGGAGUAAUCAGGAGUGACAGCAACAGUCUGCCGGUGUCCAAAGAGACUUCUCAAAACGAGAUCAACAGCCUGACACAGGACGACAUGGGGUCGCAGGGGUCGGGCAGUGGAGUUUACUGCCAGAUCAAAACCAUACCGAUAAAUGCCAAAGACACGAGAGGUAAAAGGACAGCCCGGUACACAAAUGGCAGCGUGGUAGCCUCCGAUGUGGUGGGGGGCGUGUGCACGGAGGCCACAGAAGGAAAGGAGCCGGCCCAAGAGAGGAGGAGGGUGCAGUCUCUAAGGGGAGAGGGACAUCGCUCUGUGUUGAAAACAGGGAGUGUUUCCACAACUGUACACGCAACUCCACCUCGGCUAUGUCGAGUAGUAACGACCUCCCCACCGCAACUUUGCGGGACAUGUGGGAGGAGACGAUCCCAGAUUACCCCGUGCACGGGGGCAUGUCGCAGGAGGGCGGUCAAUCAGAUAACAGCCAGCCAAACCUUACCUAAUCCGCCACGGAAACCCUCGGUGGCUCGCACCCAGUCCAGAAAAGACUCGGCUGCUCUGAACUCUCAGUCUCACACUAAAAACACAGACACAGCCAGCGCACAGCAGCACGCUCCGGCAAAGACUACUCAAAUACCGCAGCUGUCGCACACUAUACCAAAAACCCACAGCUCACACUCGAACCACGCAGCACACAGCCAGGACAAAACAAAAGCUUCAAAGCAGCAGACGAGGCCACACUCCGCAGACUUUACUCAUUACAAGGACUCAGCCACGCAGACGACAGACACACUCCUGCACAGCAGCACAGAAAGGACCACGGCUAACGUACACACACCGCAAACACACGCACCGACCGCAAAUGUGACGGAAAUUCAAAAUUCAAACAACAAACACAGCGCUGAGCUGGCUCAGAUCCAUCACACUGAUGAACGUGAACAUCAGACGUCCGCGUCUGAACGCGUCACUUCGGAGCCUCUUGCUCCGUCCGUCCCCAGCGACUCGCAAUCGAACAGUGCCCCAUCGCUUCCGCCUAAAAAUUCACCCAAACCCACCAGCUCCAAAGCAGCCACGCCUGUAGCGCAAACCAAAAAGCAGGAGACAGUAAAUAUAUCCAAACAACCCUCAGACCGGGCCAAACUCAAGGACUACUCGAAACAGAAGAGCAAAUCUUUCGACGACCACACUCUGCCUUGUAAGACCCAUAUGAAAGCACAAUGUAACGGGGCUCCGGGAGGACUGCUGGACGGACGCGCCGUGAACGCGCCACGCGGGCUGGAGAGGCAGCUGCAGAGCGUGGAGGAGAACCUGCAGUCCAACCAGGAGAAGAUCAAGGUGCUUCUCAACGUGAUUCAAGACCUGGAGAAGAGCAAGGCGCUCAGCGAAGGUCGCAGCUCAUACAGAACUGGUCAGGACAUAAACAACUGCUCCACCUGCCAAAAGACAGCCUGCAUCAUCUACAGCGUGGAGCAUGAUUUUCGGCAGCAGGAGGGACGCUUCCAGGGGGUCAUGGAGGCCCUGGAAGGGGAAUACGAUGUGCCUGCGCCGACCGUGACCAAGCCUGUGCCAGCCCCAUCUGCCUCCAGCCGCCCCAACACCAAGGCGCGCGUCAAGAAACUGAGAAAGAAGUGUUUCUGGUGGCUCUAAGCUUUGCAAAAGCUGCGACGGCCUCUCGGGGCGAGCAGGUGCAUACAGGUGUGGAUUAUAGUUCUCUCUCUCAUGUGGGUGUGCAGUAUGCUGUUAAAGUCAGACGGGGUUUUUUUUCCACCCCAAAGAAGCAUGCCUGUAAAUGGCACAUAUACCAUACCGACCCAUUUUGAGCUCUGACAAAAAUCAGUCACCAGUGACACCAGUGACCAGGGAGAAAUGUACUGAAGAAGGAAAAGAGGACCAAAGGAAUUGUGAAACGUCCUUUUUUGACAGAUCUGACUGGGAGCGAGACUAAGAAAGAGAUCAACUAUUCUUUUCCUCUGGAGGAGCCGGUCUUUAGCAGCUAUUUGUGAUUAACGUGUGACUGGAAGUGAGGACACAUCUGUAGCAGACAGAUGAAGCGUUAAUACUCUGGAUGUCAGACAGUGUGCUGAGUGGCUGUAAAAACUAAUUGACAGAUGUCUGCGCUGGGAGUGACUCAUCAAGAUGUGUUCGGCUGAACAACGCUAAGCAGGUGCAUUCGAAUGGUUUUGAAAAUCCGAGGAAUUUAUCUAAUUGGAAUACCGUGUCUCCGGAUGGCUUGGCAACAAGAAUUUGAAUGUAGCGAAAGGAAGCACUGGAAGGAUAUCACCGGAAAACAAGAUGAACUCUGCGGAAACACAGAAAUCACUCGCGGGAUCGUCAGGAUUUUGGAGAGGAGUGUGGCGACUUACAAAGAAUACGUUAAGAGACAGUGCGAUAGGCAGCUGAUCAGAGACUGACAGUCUGUGUCAGAUAAUUAAAAAUUCUGCCAGAGCUGACUGACAGUGAUUGAUUCUCUCCUUUAUUACCAUCCAAAAUGAAAGUGAUUUGCCAUAAGCUCAAACUUGUUUCAAGGGUUUUCACACACACAUGCAUACAAAUGUCUGUCCAAUACACUUGCAAUUUACAAACGCAGUGAACUCACUUAAACAAGAGGAAGUACUCACACAUGCAUUCAGUACCCACCAGUACAAACCAGGGUUUGAUCAUCUUACAGCUAACGAUGAUGACGGCCAGGAUUAACGUUAAAUUGAUAGAUUAAUGUAUAAAUAUUGGUAUAAUUUGGUAAAAUUUGACCCAAUAAGGUGCUGAUGGAUUCUGUCAGUGUAACUCGUGGAUGUCAGGAGUGUGAAAGUGAAAGAAAUAAUUAUGAAUGAUGUUCUAUUGACAUGCUUCACAGCAUACUCUAUAGAAAAUGAGUCGAAGAUUUGACAGAAAAUAAACAAUAAAAUAACCAGUCCCCUUAAUAAAAACAACAAAGAUUCACUCCAUUUUCAAAUCCCUGAGUAGCAUUCAGGCCACACUGCCACUGCGAAUUGGUGCAGAAAUCUGUGCUAAACAUACUACAGGUCAACACAUCUCGUCAAAAUGUACAAAAAAAAAAUCUGUGUACGCCAUAGGCCAAGAUCCAUUAUCCCAAGUAAAAACAAAACAAAAAAAAAGUGUAUUUUUACUCAGUAAACGAUAUCCUUGUAAAAUCAUAACGCAAUUAGAAGAGUAAAAUAGUAUUUUACAAAACACUAUAUACCGGCAGACAUGUUUGUGAUCUUAAAAAAAGGAACUAAAAUCCGUGAAACCUCUGUAUCCGUCUAUCCCUUCCGCAAACGCACACCCAAACAAUUAUUUUGUACACACAAACACAGCAUUUGCACAGUGCUUUGUUCACAGCAGUUUAGAGCGUAGCCGCUAAUCUCACAAGGGCCUACUUGAGCUGCUUCUCACUGACAAGUUGCCACCAAUUACAAUACUGGAUGACACCACACUUGCUAAUUACGCGGUCUAUAUCCAAAAUGCCCUGUCCCUGCAUUUUUAUAAGCUGUCCCUUAAUAGUGUGUGAGCUCCCGAGAUGCUCCUCUCUUCCCGAUGUUCCUCUUGUAUGUGCAAUAAAAAAUGUGUAUUUUAAGCAAAA